UACCUGCAAAACAGUUAGAGACACGAUGCUGCCUCCCAUGGCCCUGCCCAGAAUGUCCUGGAUGCUGCUCUCCUGCCUGAUGCUCCUAUCUCAGGUGCAAGAUACUCCCCAAGGUCAGUUCCCAACACCCAUUACACUAACCUGGCCGGAUGCAAAUUUGGCCUGCCAGAAGCGAAGUGAUGGAUCUCUUGCGUCUGUGCUCAGUGGAGCUGAGGCAUCCUUCUUGGCCUCUCUGGUCAAGAACAAUUUGAACAACUGCAAUUACGUCUGGAUUGGGCUCCAUGAUCCCACAGAGGGCCUUGAGCCCAAUGCAGAUGGAUGGGAGUGGAGUAAUAAAGAUGUGAUGAAUUACUUUGCCUGGGAGAAAGUCCCCGCCAGCAUCCCAACCUCUGGCCAUUGUGGGAGUCUGUCGCGAAACUCAGGAUAUCUGUUUUGGAAAGAUUAUAACUGUAAUGAGAAGUUACCUUAUGUCUGUAAGUUCAAGGCUUAAGUCACGUGGGAGUCAGCAGCCUGCGUUGGGAUGCAGCUAUUCGUGGGAUCAAGUGAAGACCCACCCCGGAAAGGAAUAUUUUCCCCACAUCCUCAAACCUGACCUCUUCUUUGUUUACCUUCCCU